GAGCUUCUCCAGCGAGCAGAGGGCUCCCUGUUUCUGGGGAUCCAGCUUCUGUGUCUCUCAGGAGCCCACUGCACACAGGCAUGCACAGCCUCAUCAGGUCUAUCCCUGGGAUAUUUAAAACCCUUUUGGUUGUUUUGAUGAUAAAUUGCAUGUUUUCUCUGGCUCUAUUUGCUAACUAGUUGUCCACAGGAAAGCUAUUCCUUUUGUGUAUUAAUGUGGAAGCAGGUCACCCUGGCACGGCUUGUCUGUCCCUUACCCUCUAGGGUGUCCUUGUGUUUCAUGAGAUCUGUCUGCAGUGGGAGUCUGUGGUUCCUUCGGGAUAUCUGCUUGUCUCCUUUGUUUCUCUCAUCGGCCACAGGCUGGUACAGCCAGAAUGAUGCCCGGGACGGAGGUGGCAGGGACCAUCCCUGCCUUGUUCCUGACGAGGGCAGGUUGUUCAUCUCUAAGUGGCCCCACGUCCGUGACGGGCACCGUGGGGGGAUCCCUGAGCGUGCAGUGUCAGUACGAGGAGAAAUUCAGAGAGGUUGCCAAAUACUGGUGCAAGAGACCAUGUUUGUGGAGUACUAUAAAGACCAAAGAGGCAGACAGAGAAGUGAGGAGCGGCCGUGUGUCCAUCAGGGACCAUCCCGCCAACCUCACCUUUACAGUGACCUUGGAGAGCCUCACAGAGGAUGAUGCAGGAACAUACUGGUGUGGGAUCGAUAUACCAGGACUGCCAGGAACUGUGUUCGACCACACCUUCCGUGUUGUGGUGUCUGUGACCCCAGCAGCACAAACAUCCGCCCCACCUGUCAGCAUCACUGUAACCCAGAUGUCGAAAAGCACAGCUAAAAUUAUGAUCAUGCCGACCCAGCCCUCCUCCGCUGCCCUGACCACCGUGGGAGCCACCCGCAGAGCAAGCAGCCAGGAGGAAUUCCUGCCGAGCCAGGGCCUGGGGCUCCAAGUACUCCUCUCCUUGUUGGCACUUCUGCUGCUUCUGCUGGGGGGCAGCUCGCUGCUGGCCCGGAGGAUGGUUCGCAGAUGGAUCAAAUCUGGUGAGAAUCCAGAGCCACUCCAGACCCCUAGUCAGCAAGGGGAGCCCCACUAUGCGAAUCUGGAGCUGCAGAUGUGGCCCCUUUGGGAAGAGCCUGUGCACCCGAGGCAGGAGGAGGUGGAAUACAGCACAGUGCUGUGUGUGGAGGGCAGGAGCUCAGUCCUGUGUGGCUCAAGGAAAAGACGUGACCCGCGUAGGAUGGUACCUGCAAAUACCUUUAUAAAUCACAGCUCCAUGGAAGUGUCUGGAUCGCUGCAGCGUGGGGACAACCAGCGGAGGGAUCGGGAGAACACAAAAGCCCUGAAGAUGGAGUCUCCCUUGUCUCAUGGACAGUGAUGCUGAAGCCCAGAGAGCAGAGGCUUGCCCAUGGUUCCAGAACCAGUGGCACAUUCCUCUGGACUCUUAGAUAACUUGACUUUUAAUAUUAAGAGAUAUCAGUACAGUUUAAAAUAUCUUCGGAGAGAAGAAAAAAGUUAUUUAAGCCAUGCCUCCUCUGUGCCCACAAUCCUAUAUUAAAGAAAGCUCCUCCCUUUUGAAGGCUGAAUAGUAGUCCAUUGUGGGAUAUAACACACUAUGCUCAUCCUUUCAUCCAUCGAUGGACACUUGGUUGGUUUCUGUGUUUUAGCUAUUGUGAAUAUGUUGCUAUGAACAUGGUAUAUAAAUAUCUCUUUGAAACCCUGCUUUCAAUUCUUUUAGAUAUAUACCCAGAAGUGGAAUUGCUGAAUCAUUAAAAAAAUCUAUUUUUAAGCUUUUGAGGAACUGCCAUCCUGUUUUUCCACAGCAGCUGCACCAUUUUACAUUCCCAACAGCAGUGCACAAGGCUUCCAAUUUCCCCACAUGCUCUCCAACACUUGUUUUCUGUUUUUGUUUGUUUGUUUUGAUAGUAGCCAUCCUAAUGGAUGUGGUAUAUCAUUGUAAUUUUGAUUGGCAUUUCCCCAGCAAUGAGCGAUGGCGAGCAUCUUUUCAUGUGCUCGUUGGCCAGCUCUGUGUCUUCUUUGGAAAUGUCUAUUCAAGUCCUUUGUCCAGUUUUGAAAUGAGUUUUUUUGUUGUUGAAUUUUAGUUGUCUAUUUAUUCUGGAUAAUAAUCCCUUAUCAGAUAUAUAAUUUGAAAAUAUUUUCUCUCAUUCUGUAGAUUGCCUUUUUAUUCUGUUGAUACAUCUUUGAUGCACAAAACUUUAUUUUUUUAAAGAUUUUAUUUAUUUAUCUGAGAGAAAGAGGGAGAGCAAGCAAGCACCAGAGUGAGGAGAGGCAGAGGGAAAGGGAGAAGCAGACUCCCCACUGAUCAGGGAGCCCAAUGCAGGGUUCGAUCCCAGGACCCUGGGAUCAUGACCUAAGCCGAAGGCAGAUGCUCAAUGGACUGAGCCACCCAGGCACCCCUGAUGCACAAAACUUUAAUUUUCUUGAUGUCCUAUUUGUCUAUUUUUUCUUUUGUUGCUUUUGCCUUUUGGGUUAGAUCCAAAAAAUCAUUGCUGAAGUCAAUGUUGUGAAGCUUUUGCCCUAUGUUUCCUUCUAUGAGUUUUAUAGAUUUAUGUCCUAUAUUUAGGUCUUUGAUCCAUUUUGAGUUUGUUUUUGUAUAUGCUUUUAGGUAAGGGACCAACUUAAUUCUUUUGCAUGUAGACAUCCAAUUUUCCCAACACUGUUUAUUGAAAAGAUUGUCCUUCCCCACUGAAUGGCCUUGACCCCUUUGUGGAAAAUCAUUUGACCACACUUAGGAGGGUUUAUUUCCAGACUCUAUUUUACUCCAUUGGUCUCUAUGCCUGACUUCAUGUCAGCAUCACUGUGUUUCAGGGUUUUUUUUUUAAGAUCUAUUUAUUUAUUUUAGAGAGAGAGUGUG